AUGGCGGCACACAUAGCGCGACGUUUCUCUUCACUCCUCCGUGCUGCAAUUUUAUCACAGGUACCAAAGAGUAAAAUUAUAAGACAUGCUAACAACACGUUACAGCCAUGCGUCUGUUACGGGACUGGUCCCACACAGGACGACCCAGUGCACAUUCCAGUAGAACGACUGACAGUAUCUUACAGCAGAAGCAGCGGUCCUGGUGGUCAGCAUGUCAACAAAGUCAACACCAAAGCAGAGAUCCGUUUCCAUGUUCUAACAGCAGACUGGAUCCCAGCAGAUGUUCGACGCCAAAUCUUUGAUAAGAACAAAAACCGCAUCAAUAAAGCCGGCGAGCUGCUGGUGACCUCAGAGGUGAGCCGGAGUCAGCAGAGAAACCUCGCUGACUGCAUACAAAAGAUUUCCGCCAUUAUUGCUGAGGCCAGCCAGAAGCCACAUGAGCCUACAGCAGAGGAUAUAGCUCUUAGGGAAGCCAGGUUAGAGAAGAGGAACAAGGAGAGACUCAAACAGAAGAAAAUUCACUCAGCCAUCAAGCAGACCAGAAGACUGGAUUACGACUGACUGUGGAAACUUGCCAUGAUUGUGUUUGUAAAUGAUUACAUAGUAUUUAUAUAGAGUUUUUUAUGUAACAAGAAAUAUAUGCAUCAAUAAAAGUCUAAGGAAAUAAAGUGAGACAAAAUGUUUACAACAUGAAUAUGCAGAUUGAAAAGAAAGGUGCUGAU